UCCAACGGAACUCUAUAAAGCUGCAGCUAAAGGGGACAUGGCAGUCUUUUACCCGAAAAUAAGUACUAAAGACUCCAGCCUAGAGGAGCCUUGGGAUAUCCUCAAACUGAUAACAGAUGAGAUCGACUCCAUUCUUCAUGUUGCAACAAAAUUCAAACAAGAGAAAUUUGCUGAAAUGCUCAUUGACAUGAACAAAUCGCUUGUUGAUCUCAAAAAUAAGGAGGAGGACACUCCGUUACAUAUUGCAGCAAGGGUAGGGUGUUCAGGCAUCACGAAACUCCUAAUAGAUCAUUCAAAAUCUAGUAUUCUCGAGAUGGUGAACAUGUACAAGGAUACAACAUUGCAUGAUGCUGUGAGAAAUGGUCACCAGUCGGUUGUGGAGUUACUGCUUAGCCAAAAACCAGGGCUGGCUAUGAUGAUGAAUGAAGCCGGAGAAUCCCCACUUUAUCUGGCUGUAGACAGAAAACAUUACGAUAUUGCUGACUACAUCCUGCAAAAUGCUCCGGAAUUCCCCUAUGGAGGAAGGGACGGCAUGAAUGUGUUGCAUGUAGCCACCAUUCGCAUGGCGACAAAAUUUCUGCAGAAGGCGAUUGAAAAAUGGCCAUGUUUGGCCUCUGAAGCUGAUGACCUUGGGUGGACUCCUCUUCACUAUGCUUCAUACAUUGACAAUGUGGGAGCCGUUGAAUUGUUAUUGAAAGCUGAUCGUUCCGCGGCAUACAAAAAGGACAAGGAAGGGAUGUCUGCUCUACACAUUUCGGCGGAGCAAGGCCACUUCAAUGUAACCAAAAAACUAAUUUCAGAAUUGCCAAGUACAUGCGAAUUGUUGGACAAUAAAGGCCGCACCCCUCUUCAUCUUGCUGUGGAAAAUGGAAAAAGCAUCAAGGCUGUGAAAUUUAUGCUUCGCUCACUACCUGUAGAUCUCAUAAAUAAGCGAGACAGCAGUGGCAACACACCUAUGCAUCUGGCCACCAUCCAUGUAUCACCUCAAAUGGCACUAGAGCUGGCACGUGAUAAAAGAGUGGACAGAGGGGCUAUCAACAAGGAAGGCCUAACGCCCAUCGACAUUAUUAGAUCAAGAAUAAAGCUUAAAUGGUUUGAAAAGAUGACGGUCAUCCGGAAAUUGGAGGCUAGAGGCUUUCUACCAAGUUUGCGAGGAGUAGUGGCUGGAAGAACUACGGAAGUGCAGACCCUUGGGACUGGAGAACCACGAACGCAGAGUAAUGAUCAAAUAGCAAAACAAGAAGGAAACGGUUUAUCUACGAACGGGGAAACAAGACUAAAGUCACUUUAUUCUUAUGCCAAGGAUAACGCUAGAGUUGGCUUAGUGGUAGCCACUUUCGUUGCCACUGUCACCUUUGCAGCUAUUUUCACCGUACCUUACAAGAAAGCUGGCACAACAUCAAUUCAGAAGCUGGCUUUCCGCAUAUUUGUAACGUCUAAUUCCUUGGCAUUUGUUUUCUCAGCCACCUCAAUGAUUAUCCACUUGGAGGCUUUUAGAAGGAAAAAAGUUCCGGUUGUAUUCGGAGGAAUGAUAUAUUUUUCCCAGAUAUUAAUUCCAUUCGCUAUUUAUGGAAUGGUGGUAGCUUAUGGUUCAAGCUUAUAUGCAGUCGUGGCUCAUGAAUACCCGAUGCUUGCUUCUGUGGCUACUGGAAUAGCUUGUCUCUUCCUUGUAGGCCAUGCUUACGGCAUCACUAUUUUGUCAGGAUACAUUGGUUAUUUCCUUGUAUACUAGACUGA